GAGAGAGAGACAGACAGACAGAGAGAGAGAGAGAGAGAGAGACAACCAGGCUGCACGCGUUCAGACCCUAAUCCCCCGCACAUCAGACACCGAUGUUUCCCUGUCUUUAUUCCUUCCCUGCGCUGUAUCUUUGCCCGUGACUGCAUGGGCAUCAUAGCGAUCUCUGAUGCACACACACACACACACACACACACACACACACACGUGUUAGCCUGUGGAUACGCACAUGAAAGGAGAUGAUGUUAGAACAAUUCUAACGUUCAGACCCCACUGAGGGAAAUAAGGUGUGGAGACCGAUCGCCUCACGCAGAGCGGAGCGGACCCAGGAGAGGAUUUUUUUUAAUUUGCCCUGCAAAGUUGUGCGAAAUCUGGGAACUUGAAUCGUGACAGUAUGGAGGACUUUGGUGCGUUAUCUGGCGCAUUCGGCGUACGUCGCCAUAUCAGGAUAUUGUGCUGCUGGAAGGGUGUCUUUCUUCUCAGCGUCUUCUUUCACAUGUACCCGAGCUCCUUGCUGGACUGUCCGCCCACUUGUACCUGCUCGCCCACAGAGAUCUACUGCAAUAAGUCUGACAUCAGUAAAUUCUUCCCGCUGUUGUCAUUCCAAGGCACCGGCAGCGCCGGGAACAUUACCGCGGGCAUCGAGGAUCUUUUCCAGAACAUUACCUCAAUAUACAUUGAGUCCUGGACGGGUCUACAAACCUUGAGGGAUGUGGAUAUGGAGCUCUACACCGGCUUAGAGAGACUCACAAUUACAAGGAGCAACCUGCAUACAAUCCAUACUCGUGUUUUCUCCAAGAACCCCCACUUGCGUUACAUAAACCUGUCCAAGAACCCCAUGUUGACCACAUUAUCCUGGCAGAUCUUUGAACCUGUGCAGCUCUUCGAACUUCAUUUAGAGGACGUGGUGUUCACCUGCGGCUGUGGGAUCCGCUGGCUGCAACUAUGGCAACAGAGAGGAGAGGCGGGUCUAAGCAGCCAACAGUUAUAUUGUGCUGAUGGCUACAGGAAGAUAAUGUUGAAUGAUAUGAACAUUAGCAGUUGUGAUUUGCCAGAUAUCAGCGUCAGCCACAGCAACCUCACAGUUAUCGAGGGUGAUCAUGUAACUGCAAUCUGCAAUGGCUCUGGAUCCCCAUUACCUGAGGUGGACUGGCCUGUCAACGGCUUACACUCCAUCAAUGCACAAGGGGCUAAAGUCUUCGACAACACCAUUCAUUCCAUCAACAUAACUUUGUUCAAUGUAAGCAGAGACGACAACAACUUCCUGCUAACUUGCACUGCCACCAACAUAGUGGGCAUGACCAAUGCUUCUGUCCAACUAACAGUUCAUUUUCCUCCCUCCAUUGUGAAGCUGAAAGAGCCAGAACGGCGCCAUGAUACUUGCAUAGAAUUCACGGUUCGGGGUUCACCCCACCCAACCUUACGAUGGUUCUACAAAGAAAAGGAAAUUUCCCACACUGAGUAUGUGCGCCCUGAUAUGGAUAUUUACCAGGACUAUAUAGAGGGCUGUCUAACCUUUAAGAACCCAACACACCACAACAACGGAAACUACACUUUGGAAGCCAGCAAUUACCUGGGGGUAGCCACCUUUACUGUGUAUGGGCAUUUCCUUGACAAGCCCUUUGACGGUAUAGACACAGACUAUGAUUAUGGAUUGUCAAGGAGUUAA